AUGACUAUCAACCAAGUGGCUACACGGAGCUCUCGACAAAUGGGGGAAGAAAUGGCGUCCAAGAUUGAAGAGGGCUCCGAUAGAGGUACAGAUGGAGUUGCUGGAACGCCUAAAGAAGCAGCUCUUCGAGAGCUCAUGAAUAGAACGAAAUAUCCGAUUCGGCAGUUCAACGGGCAACGAAGAUAUGGACCUCCACCGAGUUGGGAUGCACCACCCCCUCCACGUGGAUGUGAAGUUUUUGUAGGCAAAGUUCCUCGUGAUUUGUACGAAGAUGAAUUGGUUCCAGUAUUUGAAACUUUUGGCAAAAUCUACGAGGUCCGACUCAUGAUGGAUUUUAACGGACAAAAUCGCGGAUACGCUUUCGUUGUUUACACUAACAAGGAAGACGCCAAGAAAAGUGUCAAGGCUUUGAACAAUUACGAAAUUCGCAAAGGGAAAUGUAUUGGAGUUUGUAGCUCGGUAGACAAUUGCCGGCUUUUUGUCGGAGGUAUUCCCAAGAAGGUUAAGAAGGACGAGAUCAUGAACGAAAUGAUGAAAGUUACAGAAAGCGUUGUGGACGUAAUUGUUUACCCUUCGGCGCAGGACAAGACGAAGAACCGAGGGUUUGCUUUCGUCGAGUACAGCUCGCAUCGCGACGCUGCUAUGGCCAGGAGAAAACUCAUGACGGGUAAAAUACAGCUCUGGGGACAUCAAAUCGCCGUUGAUUGGGCUGAGCCAGAGCAAGAAGUUGACGAAGAAAUUAUGGAUCAGGUUUGUAAUUUAUAUUUACUACUGUGUUACAUCGUUACCCAAAAGUUGCCCCUCCCCCUAUCUUCGCCGCUCGCAAGGCUCUUGCGACGUCGCCGGUUUUCUACGUUCCUUUUUAAACUACUUGUGUUUGCUGGGGAACCUGAAAUUUGUUUUGGGUAAUUUCAGUAUGAGUCUAAACAAAACAGUCGGUGCUUGUUUUGUGAUGCGUUUGUGCGCUGUAGAGAAGUUUAUUUGUUGAUGUCGUGUUAGCCUUGUUCCUUUGUUCAACGAAGCUUGUGUCUGUCGUUGUUAAGCAUUAGCUUUCUAUUGAAGUAAUUAGUUACUCUGUGUUGUCUUUUGUCGUUUCGGGACGAUUAUGUCGGGAACGCGAUUCAAUACAAAGCUAUAAGCGGCCGCUUUACUUCAAUAGAACCGCAACCUAUCGAUUUAAUUCGUACCAUUUUGGCUUUGUUUUUAAGGUGAAAGUUCUCUACGCCCGAAAUCUCCUAUUAAGCACGACGGAAGACACGAUAGAACAAGUUUUCAGCAAAUUUGGCGAUGUUGAACGAGUCAAGAAGAUCAAAGAUUACAGUUUUAUUCACUUUCGAACGAAGGAACAAGCCAGAGCAGCUCUGGAGGCAAUGAACGGUAAUAAAAGUUUCAUGUUUAUGUUUUGUGGAUCGAUAAGUUUUGCAACAGGUAAGGGGAGGGUUUGAUGAAGCUUGUGAAUACAUUCCCCGUGGUCGGUCAACGAAAACCCGCUUCCUUUCUGUGUACCAGAAUCAUUUGUUUUCUAUUUCCAUUGUUUAGCCUAAUAUAAAAUUUCACACUUCAAUUCCCAACUUUUGUUUCGCGGUUGUUGUGAAAAAAAGUCUCCCGGGGGAUAAAAAUUUCUCGUGUGAAGUUAAUGCGGCGUGCGAUGUUUUAUAUCGAUCGAGCUCUUGAUCUUUUCCUUCUCAAUACCAGCAAAGAAAACACUGCAACCUGUCUUAAAGCAGGGGAUUAUGAAGUUCUUACUUGUCUAUUAGCAAUUGCAAGGUUUUUUUUAGCUACGUGCGUUUUCCCUUAUAUCGCAGUUACCCUAGUGAUGUGAAACUAAAUACUCCUCAUUCGAACGUGCCUCUGUUUAUAUUUUUGAGUCAUUUGAUACUUAUGUUAUUUCUCUAACUGGAGGUCCAAAAUUUCGAUCUUUCCGUUCAGUCGGCACGGUAUCACUAACCUUUCUUUUAAAAAAGGAAACAUCAAUUUGCGAUAAUUUUUAUUGGUACUCCCUGAAACAUCUGUUGAAACAAUUCUCUCCUAACACGAAAGGAUGCAACUUUGUGCCUCUCGCAUGGCGGCGUGGGAAGUCAUGAGAGUUAACGCAGAACAUAAUGUAAUCAUUCUCUUUCUAGAAUGUUUUCACUUUCGCGUACUAGUAUGUAAAAGUAUUCGAUACUAUCCUUAUUGCUUCUCUACUUUGAUUACGAAUGUACCCAAUGUUUCGUAGUUUUGAAAACGCAGUUUCGUCCCUAGAGAGCAAGGACCUACUUAUAUGCAAGACUACCGGAAGCGUGCUUGUCGCCCUAAGUGGAUUUAAUUCCAUGCGAAAAUCCACAUCUAGCUAUAGACUUCCUUUCUUUGUUGCGCACUCGUUUUUUCUCGUGUUUUCAAGGAUUUUUUCAAUUACCCUUCACCUUAAAGAAUUUUUUGCAUCUGCUGUUUGUCUUUCCUCAGAUUUCUUCAACUCUUUCUCAAAAAUUUUCGAGUUAACAAAAUCAAUUUACGUUUUGCAACACAGAAUCUUUCAAGUGUAAAUGCAUUUUAUAUGUGGACUUAAAUUCUUACUUAUCUGAAUGGUAGCGUUAAAUACUUAGGGAAUUAUUGGUGUUUCUUACCGUAAACGAUUCAGAUAUUAAGCAAAUUAAUCUCUUCAAAAACUUGUGAAGAUGCUAGUGUUUAAGAAAUAAGCUCACUAUUGAGAUGUUGUGAUAAAUUUCAGAGGUAUGAGAAAGUUUUUUUAUCGUUAAAUUUUAUUUAAUCCCUCUAUCUUGACAAUAUCAUAUUAUGGCUAGGAUGAAAAUUACUUUUACAUUGAUUAAAGUGGGAAAAUUGAUCCUUUGUUGAAUUUAUUUGAGUAAGCAAGCUUUGAAGGAUUGCUUUUGAAAACUUUGGUAUAAUUUUUGUUUGCCAGAUGCUCAUUGCUCUUUGUAAAAUUUCAAAUUAUUCCAAAUUCUAUUUUCUGGAUUCUAUUUCAGGAAAGAAAUCAAUUUUCUCUGUGUUUCCCCUUUACCUCCCUUCAAUAUCCUUUGACCCCAAAGAGUGGUUGGCAUCAAAUUUCUCCUUACAGUAUCACCCCCUGAAUCACAUUUUACAGUCAUGCAAAUAGGGAAAUGAUCACCAAUUGAAGAAAGUCUGAUUGUGAAACAAACUCUCCUUGUCAAUACUGUAAUAAUUCUAUGGAGAAUAGUGUGGAGAAUGUGCACAUUUAUGUUGGGGUGUGAAGGAUUUUGAAGACAAUUGUUACUCUUAAAAAAUUGUUCAGUUGGGUGCUAAAUGAAAAGUCAAAGGAGUGAAGGAAUCUUGCAUCAAGUGCGAAUAGGUUUUGCUUUGAAUUUGGAAAUUUUUCAGGAAUCUUUUCCUGCAUAUGCUAUUUUUGCUGUGUUUUGAAUGAACUAAUUGUCAUAAUUUUUCUGUUCAAGAACAAUUAAGUAUCAAGAAAGCAUAAGUGGUAGUAGUUGAGUUUACAGGGGGGACUACACAAAAGAUAAAUUUAUGCUGGUUAAUUUGAGUGCAUUGUGAGACUAUGAAUACAAAUUGACUUUUGAUAUGGAGUUUCUCAUUUGAUUAAAUGUUCCAGUCUGACCCUGUAACAUACAGAGGAGGGCUGAAAUCCACUUGCUAGGGCAUUUCUAAAAUUUUGUCACGAUGGUGGGAAUACUGUGGCUUUUUGUCAGCAUAGCAGCACUACAUUUUGGUUGUGGAAGUAAUAAGAAAAAAUUUGCAACUGACUUAACAGUGUAGGUCACCAAUUCUGUGACCUUUGUUUGGUAAAUAUGGAGUAAUAUAUAUUUGCUAUACACCUGUUCAAACAAAUGUACUCCUAAAAUCUCCUAGAUAUUCUCCAUAUUGUCUGCCUUACAAUUUGUGUGUUACAACUAUUGUAUGGAGAAAUUCUGUCUUGGUCACGCACGGGAGCUAAAAGGUUGCACAAUUUUGCUUAUUUAAACUCAUUUUAAGGAUCAUUUGAGUCCCACAGUAUCAUAUCAGUGUUGAGUACUUGAACCCUGUGGCAUUCUACCUUAUUUAUUGCCACAAUGUUUGAACAUAGGGGAUUGUUAUUGAAUAUCAAUGAUAAUAAUGUACAUGAAAAAAUUACAUGUUUUUGAUUGGGUGAAGAUGAGUGCAUUCCUAUAUAACACAAGUGCAAAGUUGUAAUACAAGUGCAAAUUACAGUUGCACAAGAGUGCACAUGUCUGUCUUGCCUUUCUUUGUUGUUUUUUCAUGUAAAUCAUUAACAAGUAACAACAUGAUUUCUCUUGCAGUUUGGUGUAAUAUGCACUUGUAAAUUUUGCAAAGGCUAAAAAUUGCACUUGCCCUAUGGGCUCGCACAAUUUACUUGUGCUUGUUAACUCCAAAUUAUACUUAAAAUCAUUUUAUUACCUAUACAAAUUUCAACAUGUCUUUGGGUUCAGCAUGUAUUAGGCCAUGAUUGCACUCUCUGCAAGUUUAAAGUAGUGUGAAGUGAGCAGGGGUCUAACAAUGUUGUUUGUUUGUGUUAGGUGAAGAAUUGGAUGGAAAUGAAAUUGAAGUAACCCUUGCCAAGCCUGUGGAUAAGGACCAUCGCCAAGCCAAAGCAGCGGCAAAAGCAAUCAUGACGGCAACAACAUACCCCAGCUUAGCUCCAUAUGAUUACUCGGCAAGCACGGUACCUGGAUAUGGUUUCCCAGCUUAUGGCAGUCAGUACUUUAUGUAUGGAGCUCCCAUGACAACAGGAGUGGGGUAGGAGUUUUACAUCUUUGGGUUCUCAUCUUAUACUUGUUGUUGCAUUUUCAUGGUACUCAUUUGUUGGGCUGCCUGUGGUUGCCUGUGAGAUAGGAUAGGCUUAAAAAAGGAGAGAGGGAUGUGUGUGUUUGAAAAUGGCUGAAAGGUGUUGUUGUGGCUUACAAGCAAAUGAAAGAGUGUUGCAGUAUCGUCAAAGUAUAAAGAUAUAAAUAGCCAAUCAGGAUGGAAAUCUAACAAGGAGCCAAUGAACACUCCGAGUUAAUCUUAGCAAAGUGACUCAGGUGCUGUUGUAUACAUGUGCCAAGUCACCAGUGGUCUUAUGGGAUAGGCUUCAAAAAGGAGAGAGAGAUGUGUGUGUUUGAAAAUGGCUGAAAGGUAUUGUUGUGGUUUACAAGCGAAUGAAAAGAGUGUUGCAGUAUCGUCAAACUAUAAAGAUAUUAAUAGUCAAUCAGGAUGGAAAUCCAACAAGGAGCCAAUGAACACUCCAAAUUAAUCGGAGCAAAGUGACUCAGGUGCUAUUGUGUACAAGUGCCAAGUCACAAGUGGUAGGUUAAUUUUGGACAGAUGGAGAAGCGGUGGAGGUUUUACUGUAGGUUAUUAAAGCAAAGUGAAUUGGCAAAACUAAAGCAGUGUGGAAUUUGUUUAAAUACUUUGAAUUAUGGAAUCAACUUUUUCUUUUGUUCUUAAUUUUAUCAACCUUCCAUAAGGUUAUAGACUUGUCUUCUCUAAGGGAGAAAAAACUAACUGGUGGACAAUAAAUAUUGCAUGGAAUGUUUUAAUGUAGAUGAUUUAUUGGAGAAUGUAUUUUUUGAGUGGCAAUGUGAAAAUCAUAAACACAAAAGUGGUGAAAGUUGUGACAUUAUGGCCUUCCUUUAUUUUUGUUUAAAUUUAUUUUCUCUGUCCAGAGGUGUGAGGCCUCCUUUUGGAAUGGUAAGAGCAAGAGGACGAGGACGUUCAGCUGCUGGUAGCAGGGCAGCAGGAAAUAAGGGAGUGUAUUUACCUUCUCCAGGUGGAUAUUCAUUCAAUGGUUUUAGGAGCUACUACCCAGCAGUGCGAGGAGGCUGGUAUGGAGAUGGUUACAACAAACGAGGAGGAAGACAGGAGGUUUGUAACAAUUUGGUAUUUAUUCCAUACGGUUCUAGUUAUAAAUGUGGAAGUUGCUAGCUAAUUGAUGGUGUGCUUAUCUUUCACUAAAAGUCAAACUCAGUGUGAUUGAUGCCUCCUAUUUCUCCUUGGUAAGUUUAAAGGGGCUAUGUCAGAAUUGAGGAUUUAAAAAGUCUUGCCUCAGUUGUACAAAUUUACAGAUGAACAUUUUUAGGAAAUGGUCUUCAUCCUUACCAGUACUGAUUUGUUUAGUAAUAUUUUUUGAAAAGCUGAGUAGUAAAAUCUGUAAACAACAUCACUCCAAUAUUAAAAAUCAGUAAGUAUCAAAAAGAUUUUUACAUUGAAGUUGUAUUUUUCGAGAACCAAUCAAUACACAACCAUAGAUUACAUACGUGCCAUGUGUAAGAGUUUGAGUUUCAACUUUGAAAAUUGGACUUUUUGAAUGUAGGAACGUAUGUUUGAUCUGGUGCCGGGAAUGGAGUUGACACCCACUAACCCCAUGACAUUGAAGCCACAUGCCCUGAAAUCACCAGCUCAGGUGGGAAGCUUCACAUUGUCAUUUUUUGUAGAUAUCUCCUUCAUUGUUUAAAGGGAAAAAAAAGAGGGAAAGAAGUGCAACUGGUUGGUUACAAAAAAAAGAUCAAACAUCAAUAUAUUUCCCAUUGUGUGAAGCUUUUACUGAUUGAAUUAACUGAACAUAAUUGGACAGGCUAAACUUGGUCAAUUGGAUGGUUAUUAAUGUAAAUUUGUUUACUUGAUCAAAGGUUCUAGAAGAUGUGUGUCAGAAGAACCAGUGGGGUAGCCCUGUGUACACACUGCACAGUACUGUGGGACCACAGGACAUUCAGCUUUUCCUUCACAAGGUUAGAAAAGGCUUAAGUGAUUGAAAGGAAUUUGCAAGUACAUUUUGUGAAGAAUCAAGGCUCAAUCAACAUCAGUUUGGCUUUUUGUUUGUGUUUUCAUACUACUUGUUACAUAAGCCUAAGUCAUAACCUACUAUCACAGAGCAUCUUUCCAUAGCUCCAAAAAUAAUCCUCACUUUUCCUGCUUAAGUCAUAAGGGACCCCCUCACUACAUCAUGACUUAUGGACACUCAAAGAUUUGCUAUCUUUGACAAAGUGCUUUCUUGAUAAAUGAAUGAGAGGGUAAUAAGUUUCUAAAGAAGCUGUGUUGCUGAGUUGGUGGGAGUAGCAGCCAAUUUACCUUGCCAACACAGGUGAUAAAACCAAUUUACAUUGUUUAUUUGGCAGCUCCAAAGUGAGUGAGUGACAGUUUCAGUGUGAUCGUCGAAAGUGAUGGCAGAGGGUGCAAUUCAAUUAUCAAAAAUUUCCACACCAUUUUCCAGUUACUUUCAUGUCAUCAAAUUGUAUGGAAUUGACACCAGCAGUGCAAACUAGAAGGCAUUUUUAUUAGCCUGCAAAAACUCAAUUGAUUUCUAAUUACUGUUAAUCCUUGUUAAUUUUCUUUUAAGGUAUCCAUUCCAGGAUUGGCUACUCAAUAUCAGCCUCCUAAGCUGUGCCGCACAGUAGAAGAGGCCAAGAGCUAUGCUGCUGAGUACACACUUCAGCAGCUUGGUGUGCCAAUAGAGGGUAUGUCUAGGUAAUAAAUAUCAAGUCCACGGAUACAUAUUUUUUCAGCCCCUCCCUUAAUCUCUCCAAUGUUGUAUUUCAGUGGUGACUACCACAGCAGCAACGGAUAUCCCACCCACUACUGGAACCCCAGUUCCGUCUACAGCGGCGUAUGCAGCCCGUCCUUUACCCCCAGGUUUGUGGUUAGAUACCUUUUAGGAAAUUAAAUUACAGUCAUGUUAUGAUGUAAAGGGCAGUGUUGUUUUUUCCAUGAGUACCUCUCAAAAUAUAUUUUGCUGCAGCCAUCACUCUCAAAUGCAAAGUCAAGGCCUGUGGAUCAGAUCUUGGGAUCAGAUCUUUAGAUUGGAUCUUUGAUGUUUGGGAUCUUAAAUGCUGUUGAAUUCUCCUAAUUGUUUUCAGUCCAGAUUUAAAAAUCUUGGUGCUUGAAAAAGAGAAAUAACUUUCAACAUCUUGUUUUUACUCUAAUGUUCUUAAAUUUCCAACCUGAAGUCAUUAAUUCAAGAUAGAAGACCAUUGCAGUUCAGGAUGCAGUUACCGAAAUAACCUUGUAAACAAAAACCAUUUCCUGUCCUCAUCUUCUUUUGUGAAGUGUUCAGUGAACUAUCAAGAGGAUAUGGCCGCAGAACAUCCUAAACUAGACUAGCAUACAUUUGUGAACCCUUUACCUCCGAAGAGUUGAUUGAUAAUUCUCCCCACAAGCUGCCAGACAUUUUCUUGUAAAUUAGUUGGGGGUAUUUGCUGUUAGAUCAAGAUAACAACCUCUACUUGAUAAGUUUGAGUAUUCUCACUACCUUUUUACAAGAAAAAUUAAGGAUAUUACAAGAAGGUACGUGUUAAUCAUUUCUGGGAGUUAAAGGGUAUGACCUUAGUUUCACGUCACAGAGCUGGCAAAAGAUAUUCAUCAGUAUCUCUUAUUUGCUGUUAAUAUUGGAGGUGACUGCUCUGUUAAUUGUUACAUGUGAGAGGAUUUGAUUUCAAAGGCUUUUUUGUUGUAAAUUUGGCUUCUCACAGGGGCAUACAGCCUCCCGAAUUCUGGCCGUCCAAUCAGUAGUGUAGAUGGAGGUUCUUAUCCUUCUGGCUAUGUACCCAUCAGUAAUGCCCCUACCAGUGUGGCACCGCCAGCAGUCGUUGCCAAGAUGCAGGGGUCAUGGCCGGGAGGGGUACCUCCUACUCAAGAUGGAGGAAUGUAUGGAGGUUAUGAUGGAUACCCAACCAGUGAACAAGGAGGCUAUCCGCAAAACAUUUACCCACAGUACUAGGUGCUUAAAUUUGUUAAGAUAAAUAAUCACGUAUAUGUUAUUAGGAAGCAAAAUAUGCACAGGGUACAUGUACUUUGUCAAUAAUUCUAAGAAUUUUGGGUCAGUUAAGUGUCUGAUCAUAUGAGAGAUCAAGAGGCAUUUUGUUUUCUCUGCAAUGGGUUGCAUUCUCCAGAACGUGAUUCUUGGUCUGGUUUGGAAGCUAGAUGUAUCUUGUGCAUCUUUUGUCUUUGCCUAAAUGGGAGUAGGUGGAGGCAUGAAUUUGUUCUUUGAACAAUGUGUAUGGCUAAAUGUCAAGUUAAAAAACUGGGAACGCCAGGAAUAUUUCUGGGUUGCUCUCAUUUCAAGAUUAACAAGCCAACCAGACACAAGAUUACAAAACUGUCAUUAGUGUAUGGUUUUGGGUUUCCUUUUGUGUAAUGAUCGCAAAUGUGAUUGGUCAUGGCACAAGAAAUGUUUCAGAAAUAUUUCAGUGGUUUACAGUUUUUAAACUUUAUUGGUAAUGUUAUGUUCCUCUUUGCUGAUGUUAUGUCAUAUGUACACGUAGAAUGUUUCCUGUAGGUUAAUGUGAUCAGGUCUUUUUUUUUGUCAUCUUGGGGUGAAUCGGUAGUAGUAUGUUGGAAUCAAAUUGAAGCUGUUUACAGUAAAAAAAACAGCUAUGUCAGCUUAUUAUUUUGUCUGAUUAUUACUAGCUUUAUGAUCUGUUUUGUAAAAAAGUGCUUUUGCAUUGCUCAAGAUCAUGGUUUUACAGAAUUUUAAGAAGAAUUUCCAAGAGUCAAACAAAACGUAUUUCAAUAUUAUAAAUUUAUUCGUACUUGCGUCCUGUUUGCUAUUUUAUUGUCUUAUUUCCAUAUCCAUUUUAAGUCGUUUCAAGAACAGAAAGAGAGAGAGAGAGAGAGAGAGAAAGAAAAAGAAAGAAAAAUUUUAGUUUAUAUUUUUGUUAGAGAAACUCAGAUAUUUAUAGACAAACACAAGGCUCGUUGUUGGUUAUUAUUAUAUGGAACUAAAAUUGCCUGUCAGAUAGCUGGUGUAAAUACUAAAACUAUUCUGCCACACAUGUUGCCACAUACUGCAGGAAUAUUGUGCGAGUGCUCUUGUCCGAGCUAAAAGUGAAAUUAAAAAUUUUUGAGGCCUGUAACUGUUGAGAUCUUUUUUCUGUUAAAAUGACGGUCGUUUGAAGCUUUCUGUAGGAGUGUAAGCGAUGAAUUUAAAGGUGUAGGCAAACCGAAAGUAUUCUUAGAAUAUGAUUUGAAAUCCAAUCCUGUCGUGAGAGAAAUGACGGACAACACUAGCACAAUAUUGUGUACAAUUUUACACAAUGUAUCGUUCAUCAAAGCACUGUAUAUUUUCACUUCAAGGUACCCUGUCAUUUCGUGUACAGUUGAACGAACGAACGAAUCAUAUCUUAUAUUAAUCCGCUUGGAGCUUCCUUGAUUCUGAACAAGAGGUGAAAAGGAGGGCUCAAGGAAAUCGAGUGUAGAUCCUAAUUACGAAGAACUCAACGUUAGCAGCCCAGGUUAAACACGCACGGAUCUUAAAUUCACUGUCAAUAUAGCCCGGAUCACUCGACAGAAGACAACAAAAGCGGUUAGUUUCUUAGUCAGUUGCUGAAAGAAAAGUUAAAUUGGAAGAUUUUUUCGAGCCUUCUGUGAUCCUCUUGUUCUUCGAGAUUGCAAGGGUUGAUCGAUUCUGGUGUCAAAUUUACUUUGUUUAUAGGACGAUUAUUCUGAUAUUGCUGAAGGAAAUCGGCGAUAAAAUUCACCAGAGAUAAGAUUGGAAUUGGGAAGUAUAAAAGCUUUAUUUCGCGUGACAAAUUCAAGUUCCAUUAAAAAAACCAACACAUGCUGGUCUAUUUACAAUUUUCCAAGCGGUGCCGAAUCACUGAGCCUGAUUUUCGUACGAUGUAGCGUAGGAUAGUGAGUAGUACGUUUAUUCUAUCAAUUAGGUGACAUAACGCUUGAUUUCUUGAUAUGAGUUAAUGUUAGGAAGUAAAUUUGAUGGGAAAAGGGUGAGUACUUGAUAAGAGAGGAGAAACUCACACCAAAUUUUUUUCCUGUAGUUUUGUUAGUUUGUUUUUUUUUUUUCAAGUCUAGUUUAAUUAUUAUUGUCCACGUUUUUUAAACCACCGAGGCUUUCAUUCCAAAAGGCAGUUCCCUUUUUACGUUACGUGGACCCUAGCCUUCUUUAGUCUGGAACUUCAGUAGUGAAAUUUAAUGUCACUGAACUAGUUAUAUUUCUGUCGUAACUUGUUGCUCUACAUGCCAAUUUCUUUUUUGUCCUUAAGGAUUCAACUUCCAGAAAGAUUUUUUUCUUACGAUUCUUUUCAUGUUUCGUUUUGUCAGUUGUGUUUUUUUUUUUCGCACCGUCAGGGAUUUGUGAGUUUCGUUCCACUCUGAUGAGUAUGCUUUUAGGAAGGCAACCUUCGUGGGAGGGCAGAUGAAUAACUGAGUUAGCUGCUCUAGAGAAGCUUGGCGAGUGAUGUCAACAAUAAUUGCCACCAAAGCUAAAGUUAUUUCACUGCAGGAUUGGGAAGUUGAAUGAAAUUAAAACAGAUCAUGAGUAACACGUAGAGAAAUAGUUAUUAAUGUAGUACAAUUAGAGAGCAAAUGACGGUACAAUAAGCCACUAAUAAAAUUCUACAUAUGGUACCGUG